GUGUGUGUGACUUCGUAGACUACUCACACAUACAGUAGAGACUCACAGGAGAGCGAAAGCAGGAGAGGGCGGGAGAGCUGAAAACAGGAGGGGGAAAGAGGGAGAGAGAGGAAAGGAAAGAGGCAGAGGAGAUCCAGAUCCAGACACAGCAGUGGCUAGCUGUUCGUGGCAGAGUAGACUCAGGCUCCCUUCCCAGGCAGCACAUAGACUACUGACUGCCUCCUUCUCCUCAGCUAAGAGGCAGGAACCUCAACCAGAAUAGGGGUAUCAUCAUCAGCCAGCGGCAGCUCCAAGCUCCUACCUCUUUUCCUCUGUCAGUUCCUCCCCCUCUUCAGCUCCCAGCUCCCAGCUCCCAGCUCCCAGCUCCCAGCUAUUUCCUUCUUCCAACCUCUUUAAGAUCUCUGGCUCCUGUUUCCUUCUCACCUCUCUCCUAUCUCCCCUCCCAUCCCCAUCCCACCUUUUCUCGCCUCUCCUUCCAUCCCUCUCUUUCUCUCUUCUUUUUUUUAAUCGCUGCUUUGGUCCUGUCUCGAGAAAAGUGCUGUCUUCCCUAAUCCUCUGGCAUUUCAGCCCUAAAAACUGAUAAAGAGGAGCUUUUGCUUCUCCCUAGUGACAUUAUUAUUAUCAUUUUUUUUUUUUAAUUCCAAAAGUGCAAGACAAGGAGAGGGAGAACCCGGGAUCUGAUCGGCAGCCUUAAGUGCAAGUCUAGUAGCACAAUAGUAACUGUUACUGCUCUUUUUAAAAUAUUACUAAUUUCCUCUAAGAGGGAGGGAGAAACAAGAAAACUUCAGUUAUCUCCUUUGGUCAGUGAUUAUUAUUUCUUUGGAGAAAGUGAAAGCCCCAAGGAGAAGGGAACGGAGAAAGAAGAGGAAAAUAGGACCUGCGUUUCCCUUCUUCCCCACAGCAGCAGCGGCAAACAGAGCCCCUCUCCGGAGCAGCUGCGGAGAUAAGCGAAAAGAUGCGGGGCUCUGAGCCCCGGGCUGCGGGGCGGCGGCGGCGGCGUAUCCCCAGCGGCUGCGGUGCGGCAGGCCACAACAGUGAGAGUUGCGAUUCCUCUUCGACCAAGGUGUCUUUGGCCGGAUGCUGCUCUGCUCCCCGCCGAGCUCCUCUUUGGACUUGUCUCCUACUCUGUGCCGCACUCCGGACACUCCUAGCCAGCCCAAGCAAUGAAGUGAAUUUGCUAGACUCACGCACAGUAAUGGGGGACCUGGGAUGGAUUGCUUACCCCAAAAAUGGGUGGGAAGAAAUUGGAGAAGUGGACGAGAAUUAUGCCCCAAUACACACCUAUCAAGUAUGCAAAGUCAUGGAACAGAGUCAGAAUAACUGGCUUCUGACCAGUUGGAUCUCCAAUGAAGGUGCUUCCAGAAUUUUUAUAGAACUCAAAUUUACUCUGCGGGAUUGCAAUAGCCUUCCAGGAGGACUUGGGACAUGCAAGGAGACUUUUAAUAUGUAUUACUUUGAAUCAGAUGAUGAAGAUGGGCGGAAUAUCAAAGAAAACCAAUACAUUAAGAUAGAUACAAUUGCUGCAGAUGAAAGUUUUACUGAACUGGACCUUGGUGACCGUGUGAUGAAACUUAAUACAGAAGUCAGAGAUGUUGGGCCUCUGACAAAAAAAGGAUUUUACCUUGCUUUCCAAGAUGUGGGUGCCUGCAUUGCUUUAGUAUCAGUGCGGGUAUACUACAAGAAGUGUCCUUCUGUGGUUCGAAACUUGGCACUCUUUCCAGACACAAUCACUGGAGCAGACUCCUCUCAAUUGCUAGAAGUAUCAGGCUCCUGUGUUAACCACUCUGUGACUGAUGAACCACCCAAAAUGCAUUGCAGUGCUGAAGGAGAAUGGUUGGUUCCAAUUGGAAAAUGCAUGUGCAAAGCAGGGUAUGAGGAGAAAAAUGGCACCUGUCAAGUGUGCAAACCUGGAUUCUUCAAAGCUUCACCUCAGAGCCAGAGCUGCAGCAAGUGUCCACCUCACAGUUAUACCCAUGAAGAAGCUUCGACCACUUGUCUCUGUGAAAAGGACUAUUUCAGGAGGGACUCAGACCCACCUACAAUGGCAUGUACAAGACCCCCCUCAGCUCCUCGGAAUGCCAUCUCAAAUGUAAACGAAACUAGUGUCUUUCUGGAAUGGAUUCCUCCUGCUGACACUGGUGGAAGGAAAGAUGUGUCAUAUUAUAUUGCAUGCAAGAAGUGCAACUCCCAUGCAGGUGUGUGUGAGGAGUGUGGCGGUCAUGUCAGGUACCUCCCCCGUCAAAUCGGCCUGAAAAACACCUCUGUCAUGAUGGUGGAUCUCCUCGCUCACACAAACUAUACCUUUGAGAUUGAGGCAGUGAAUGGAGUAUCCGACUUGAGUCCAGGAUCCCGGCAGUAUGUGUCUGUAAAUGUAACCACAAAUCAAGCAGCACCAUCUCCAGUAACUAAUGUGAAAAAAGGAAAGAUUGCAAAAAAUAGCAUCUCUUUGUCUUGGCAAGAGCCAGAUCGUCCCAACGGAAUUAUCCUGGAAUAUGAAAUCAAAUAUUUUGAAAAGGAUCAAGAAACCAGCUACACAAUUAUCAAAUCUAAAGAGACAACUAUUACUGCCGAUGGUUUGAAACCAGCUUCAGUAUACGUCUUCCAAAUCAGAGCGCGCACAGCAGCAGGUUAUGGUGUCUUCAGUCGAAGAUUUGAGUUUGAAACCAUCCCAGUGUCAGUUGCAGCUUCUAGCGAUCAAAGCCAGAUUCCUAUAAUUGCUGUAUCUGUCACAGUGGGAGUCAUUUUGCUGGCUGUCGUUAUUGGUUUCCUCCUCAGUGGAAGUUGCUGUGAAUGUGGCUGUGACAGGGCUUCUUCCCUGUGCGCUGUUGCCCAUCCAAGCCUAAUAUGGAGGUGUGGCUACAGCAAAGCAAAACAAGACCCAGAAGAGGAAAAAAUGCAUUUUCAUAAUGGGCACAUUAAACUGCCAGGGGUAAGAACUUAUAUUGACCCACAUACCUAUGAGGACCCUAAUCAGGCUGUCCAUGAAUUUGCCAAGGAAAUAGAAGCAUCAUGCAUUACUAUUGAAAGAGUUAUUGGAGCAGGUGAAUUUGGCGAAGUCUGCAGUGGACGUCUAAAAUUACCAGGAAAAAGAGAAUUUCCUGUGGCAAUCAAAACUCUUAAAGUGGGUUAUACUGAGAAACAACGGAGAGAUUUCCUUGGGGAAGCAAGUAUCAUGGGCCAAUUUGAUCAUCCCAACAUUAUUCAUUUGGAAGGCGUUGUGACAAAAAGUAAACCAGUAAUGAUAGUGACAGAAUAUAUGGAAAAUGGUUCUUUAGAUACGUUUUUAAAGAAAAAUGAUGGACAAUUUACUGUAAUUCAGCUAGUAGGAAUGCUGAGAGGCAUUGCCUCUGGAAUGAAGUACCUUUCUGACAUGGGCUAUGUGCAUAGAGAUCUUGCAGCCAGAAAUAUCCUAAUCAACAGUAACCUUGUAUGCAAAGUUUCUGAUUUUGGACUUUCCAGAGUACUAGAAGAUGACCCUGAAGCAGCAUACACCACACGGGGAGGAAAAAUCCCAAUCAGAUGGACUGCGCCUGAAGCCAUUGCUUUCCGCAAGUUCACCUCUGCCAGUGAUGUCUGGAGUUAUGGAAUUGUGAUGUGGGAAGUGGUUUCCUAUGGAGAGAGACCAUACUGGGAAAUGACCAAUCAAGAUGUGAUAAAAGCUGUUGAGGAAGGAUACCGUCUGCCAAGUCCCAUGGACUGCCCUGCUGCUCUUUACCAGUUAAUGCUGGAUUGCUGGCAGAAAGACCGAAAUAGCAGACCCAAGUUUGAUGAAAUUGUCAGCAUGUUGGACAAGCUCAUCCGUAACCCAAGCAGCUUGAAGACACUGGUUAAUGCAUCAAGCAGAGUGUCAAACUUGUUGGCAGAACAUGGUCCUCUGGGAACUGGAGCCUACAGAUCAGUAGGUGAAUGGCUGGAAGCCAUCAAAAUGGGACGGUAUACAGAGAUUUUCAUGGAAAAUGGAUACAGUUCAAUGGAUGCUGUGGCUCAGGUGACCUUGGAGGAUUUGAGACGACUGGGAGUGACUCUUGUCGGUCACCAGAAGAAGAUAAUGAACAGCCUUCAAGAAAUGAAGGUCCAGCUGGUAAAUGGGAUGGUGCCAUUAUAACUCUGUUUUGAUGUCACUUCCUCAAGUGAUUAACUCUGCACUUUGUAAACUAGCCGUGAGAUUUAUUUUGACAAAAAGAACAGGAAAAAAAGGAAAAGGUGAUUUUAUAAGCUAACACAAGCAAAGACCUUAGCCACAAAAUUUGUAACCAGUAUUUGAUGAAAACAUCCUUUACUUUGUCUUCAUUUUCAUUUUUUUCAUGAAGUAAAAAUACAAAAUUCAUGUAACAAGGAAAUGGUUACUACGGUUAGGUUAACCAUUUUCUUAUGCUUCUGCAAAAACAAAAACCUUUCCACAACACUUUGUAUAUGGAAUAUAAAUAUAUAUAAAGCACCUUUAUAUCCUGAAUUAUGGCAGCACAUGUUAAUACUUCCAAUGACUUACUUGAAUGGAAAUGGUUUUGUGGCCAUUUGUGGGCUAACAAAAGCUGCAGUUUACUGAAGUUUACUUCAAGUCUUAAUUGUCUACAAAAUUGUAUUGAAGAGCAAUAUGAUUAGAUUUUUUUCUUAAUAGAUAUCUUGUUUUGUAAAUUUAAAAUGCUGUUACACAGCAUUAAGUUAUAGAGACUAGUGUAUAAACAUAUUGCUUGAUUAAUGCAAAUACAAUACAGGGUGUAUAUUUAUUUUUCUGUGUUAUAAAAUUGGGUUUAGUUUGCUCUUCUGGAGAUUAUUACUGAAAAUGUCUGUAUAUAAUGUACAGUUUGCUACAUACCCAGGUACACAUUUGGGAUGGGGGUGGAGGGGUAAUAAUGGGGAGUCAGUGUAUGCUCUACUCUGCUUGUAUUCUUUGCCUUUGUUUUGAUUCUAGAAAUGUAGAGCAAGUUUUAGUCAUUUAGAAUGCAUAUAAGAGAAGCAAGAGUACAACUGAAAAUGAAACAAGUUUGUCUUUUCCUCCCUCUCUCCAUGUGUCCAAAUGGCAUUAAAUCUCUCUAUCCACUAACAGAAAAUGUCUAUAAGAUUAAAUCCCCUUUGGCUUUUUAAAAAACACUUUGUGAUAUCUGUGACAAUGCAGUUCUUCUAGCCAUUAAUCUUGCUCCACCAUAAGAAAUUUCACCUUUUGGAAUCACUGAAAAUAUCUUGUCAGGCAAAGUUGACACCAAAGGGCACAUUGUCAGUGGGAUGUAGAGGGAUUUAACUGUGCGAGUUCCCAUUAAUGUUGUUAAAUCCAUAGGCAUAGCACUAAGCAUUUACCCCUAAGUGUUAAUCCUUUGUAAGCAGUGCCAUUGUGGUGCUGCCACAGUAAUUUCGAUAUAAAGGCAGCACCAGGAUAACAACAAGCAUAUAUUUUGCUCCAGGAUUUCCUGUGACCUAAGUCUUCCAAAAAUUGUAUUUGCAGAUAAUUCGUUAUUCAUAUAGUAACUCCAACUCUGAUUCUGCUAUGUGAUAAUGAUGCUUUGGGGAAUGGAGUUCUGUAGCAGUUAUGUACAUGAAAAUACAUAAUUUUGUUGAAAAAAAAUAUUCAGUGUUAUUUCAAAGGCAAGAAAAAAAUGUCAAAUGUAUAAAUCCAAGAAACCACAUCUGGUCAUGACUGGCAAUAGCAGAUGCAAAACAAUCUAUGAUUGUCCAGAAAAAUCUUUGAAAGCGUGGUCAUGCAAACUGGCUUACCUAAAAAUGUAAACAUUUUAAUUUUUUAUUUUUUGCCUGAUCAUACAAUUACAUUACUAGGAGGAAUCUAUACAUGUAAGGAGGACAGAAUGGAACUGAGAUACAGCCAACUCUAGACCUUUUUAAAAUUUUCUUUACCCCUUACUACUUACUGUGACAUAGCCAUUUGGCAGGUGGAAAAAGGAGGAAAAAUAUAUGAUUUACAAAUGGCUAACAAUGAAUUUAAUGAUCAAGAGUUGACUGUGUGAUCUUUCCAUAUAAACUUACUCCAUUUAUAUUUUUGGGCAUUUAAGGUGACAGUUAUAAAGUUUACUAUAUUAUUUUUUCCUCUGGGAAUAAAUUUCAUAAGCUAUAGUCAUUAACACUUUUGUGUCAUUUCAAAUGAGGGAAAUGCACUUUGGACAAUGUAUUUUUUUAAAAAAAUAAUUGAAAUGUUAACUGUUGGAUUUGUCUAACACUGAAUCUAAGUGUGGAAAGUAUCAAUUGAGAAAAUGUUAAUCUUUGUUAAAAAUAUUUGACCAUUUUAUGUUCCUUAAUACAAUCCCCUUAAUGGUAGGACAGCCACACAAGUACUUUGGAUCCAGAGAGUAAUUUCCAAAAUGAAGUUGACUUAACUUUAUUGAUUUAAAGAAAAUUGCCAAUGUAAAGGAAAGGGGAUGGGAACUUCAUGGUGUCAAGAAUUACAAUUUGUAAAAUUAUACAUCUAUAUAUAUAUAUCUAUAUAUAUAGAAAUCUGUACUAUAUAUUUGUGUGUAUAUGCACGUAUACAUACAUACAAUCAGCUAAAAUAUUUCCUACUUGCAUAUUUUUUAUAAUCAUUUGAAUUAGUUUUUAGAGGAGGGAAUCUUUAUGAGUGUUUUAAAAUGUCCACAUAAAUACCAAGUUCAUCCUAAGAAACCAGCUUUGCACAAGCUUUUUAAAAAUUGUCAGUUUGGCUGGAAAGAAGAAAGAGAGGUUUUCAUCAUAAAUCUGUUAUUGUCUUAAAAAUAAGAACAAAUGCCUUGCUAAUGCAUUUGUUCACCCCUGGACAUAGCACCAAUUGGAAAGGUGCCAAACUCAUCUAUAAAUGUGAGAAAUGGAUAAAGGAAAAGAGUUGGAUGGGCAGCUUUCAUGAAAUGCAGUGAGGCAGGAAGACCAGGAGAAGGUUUGACAAAUCUGGAUGGUGUGAUUCCUCAUCUUAUUGUUUCAUUUUGUCAGCCACCAAACCAUCUCAAAUAAAAUUGAGACAUGAUAGUUUUAGCACAUAAAAGAGAUUUGUCAAAAAUAAAUAACAUUAUUAGAGCUGUCAGUAGAAAUAUCUUUUGGGUAUUUUUAUCUUCCUAACUGCUGGACUUUGUAAAGUAGUAACCACUGGGAGGAGACAAUAGCCCACCAAUAUUUGUUGAAAUAUCAUAAUUGCUAUUUUAUCCAUCAGAGCAUGAUUUUGACUUCUGCCUUUGGCUCAAAUGUACUAUGGCAUAUCUGAGUUGAUACUUUUUGAAUGGUAAGGCAUGUCAAUGUAUAUAUACAAUGUAAGGGUUUGGGUUGUUUCUUUUCUUUUUCUGAUUUUUUUUAAUAUUUCUGUAAAAUACCUUGUCCUUGCUUACUGUACAUUGAAAUCAAAUACGUAUCUAUAUAAUAGAGUGCUGAAAGUUAGGCAAUGUUGUGGGAAUUGCAUUUCCAGUAGAAUUUUAAAACAUAAGGUGGGCCAGCUUUAAUAACUGCAGCUAUUAGAAGAAUGAACUACCAAACAAAAGAAAGUAACCUUCAUGCCCUUAAAUUUAUGUAAAGAAAUUGGAAAAUACUUUUUAAUAUAGCAUAAUUUUUAAAAGCCUCUCAGUUUCAUUUGAUCAUAAUUUUGCCCAAAUAAAGUAAGACACAGGAAGUAGAGAAUGAGAAAUUUGCCUUUCAAAGGCAUUUUUUGAUAUAUCCCAAUUUAGUGCAUAGAAAGUAAAAAUAAGUAAGUUUAAUAUCAAGUAUUAUUCAUUUUCUAGAUAAUUAUAUUAUUAUUGUUAUAUAGUUAAUUGAGCUCAUUUAUUCAUACUAAACAAAAAAAUGAAAGCUAAGCACCAUAGUUAGCAGUCUUUUCUGUCAUCUUUGGUAGAUGCCUAAUCUAAAAUCAAAAUAAAUUCAUGUACAGUAAGAUAAUGAUGAUGUAAAAUUAUCAGAAAUAAAGCGUUAGCUUUACUUAGAGUUUAUAACUGCAAUAAGUGAAAAACAUUUCUUUUUUUUUUUAAUUAGGUUUGGGUUUCUUGGGUUCAACUCUCUAGUCCAGCUGGAUUACAUUGUCCAGUACAUUUUGCUGCUAUGGUAAUGUGUCAAGCAUUUGGUAGAUAAUUAAAUUAUUUUUCAAAGCAUUAUUAUUCAUCUGCAAAAGAGAACCUCAUUAAAAAUGACUAGUCAAAGAUUCUUGUUCAGGACAACCUCUAAUUAUAUUGCUUUUGGAAGACAUCACUUAACAUAUAAGACCUGUUUGACAACCAUCAGAUGCAAAAUUUAUUUAAUCCUUCUAUAUAAGAGGAAAAAUUAAGGUGACAAGCAAAUUAGUGCUAAUUCAUUAUUGAAUAUAUAUAUAUAUAUACACACAUUAAUGUAUACACAUAUAUUAAUUCACUAUAUAUGUGUAUGUAUAUAUAAACAUUAAAGAAGUCCCAUUGGUCAACAGAUUGUGAAUUGUUAGACUACUAUAGUUUUACAAUUAGUCUUGAACAAGUAUAAAAAUUACAUGAAUAGCAGCCUGAGAGUUACAUUUAGUCUCAGUCUUUGAUUAAUAUUUUCAUCAAUAUCCUUUGGUGCCAUGCAGGUCAAAAGUGAUUCAGUCCACAUUUUCAUAGUUUAUCAUAGCCAAUAGAAAAGUUCAAUUUCUUGCCUGAAAGUUUAACUUGUAGAAAGCAUAGAUAUAGUAUUGCUGUAUUUAUUUCUUUUUUUAAUUUGAUGUUCUGUGUGCAUUUUGUUUCUGUACAUGUUUUUG